AGUGACGUAACAGUCCUGUUUAGGACGGAAGUCCAACAUUUUUAGGUUUAGUUCACGUGUUUUAGUUUAUUGAAGUUGUUCUUUUCAGUAAAAGGUUUUCAGUUUAGUCCUUUUAUCUUCAGUGUUCCAACGGAAACGGACAAAUGGACGAAGCUCUGGUCCAGACCGUCAUCCCUCCACAUCUGUCCAAGGUCCUGGGUGUUGAGUCCCAGUCCAGGUCUAAAGCCGAGGCCUUCACCCAAGCCUUCCUGGAGAACAGCGUCCCAUGGAACACCCGCCAAGACCUGAAGGCCAUGCUGACCCAUAAGGCCGUGAUCCUGAACUACGCCAGGACCACCCAGGACCAGGACAAGAGGAGCAGGAAGAAGGCCAAAGGGCUGAACGCCCAUCAGAAAAGGGCCAUGAAGGUGUUCCACAUCAGACCUGAACACCAGAGAUAUGAACUCUUCUUACCUCUUCACAACCUCUGGAGACAAUACAUCAUUGAUUUGUGUGGUGGAUUAAAAGCCUCCUGUAAUCCACAGUUUGUGCAGCAGAAGCUUGUGAAGGCCGACUUCCAUGGAGCCAUCAUCACAGUGGUUCGGUCCAAAUGUCCAUCGUACGUGGGGACAACAGGGAUUCUGGUCCAAGAGUUUAAACACGUCUUCAAAAUCAUCACCAAAGACGACAAACUGAAAGUCAUCCCCAAACGGAACAGUGUGUUUGCGGUGGAGAUCAACGGCUUCGUUUCUCACAUCUAUGGAAACAGGUUUGAGCAGCGAGCUGGCGAACGUUCAGCCAAGAAGUUUAAAGUCAGAGGAACCAUCGACCUGUGAUGGUGGAGGGCGUACAUCUUGGAAACACAGUGUUAGUGAGGCUGACUGCACCCUCUGCUGGACAGGGUGAGGAACUGUGACCUGCUUUUCAUGGUUGAAGUGAAAUGUACAAGGAUCGUCUUAUUUAUUUUGGAGUCAUGAUGGAAACAUUGAACCUGGUUUAAGUAUUUUUUUUAUAAAAUGAGGGAAAAAUAAAGGAGCCCUUUAACAUGAGA